GUGGCUCACUGAGGCUGUUUGAAAAGAGGAUUGAGUGAUAGGCAAAAUGUUUGGCUGUAAGGGUGGUGGACAGAAUGUUCGCUCCUGGUUUACACUAGUCUCAGGAUUAGUGGAGUGUUUGGGGUUUGCUGGUGCCGUGUUCGGCUGGGCAUCGCUGGUCUUUGUGCUGAAAACUGAGGGCUACUUCAGUGAUCUGUGUGUGAAUGCCACCAUAAAUGGAACUAUUAUUGAAGAUUGCAGAGGGCAGGAUGAGCAGCUUUCCCUCAUCUUUACUAUCUCCUCUUUCAUGAACAACUUCCUCCUGCUGCCAAAUGGCUUCCUUUUUGACCACUUUGGCACCAUGGUUUCCAGACUACUGGGAAUAUCCGUUUACACUACAGGAAUGUUGUUAAUAGCCUUUUCAAGUCCUGCUAACUCCAUCCUCCUCUUCCCUGCUCUGUCCUUCAUUGCUGUGGGUGGAGUAUUGUUCUUCGUGACCAAUAUACAGGUGGGGAAUCUCUUUGGCAAACAUCGCUCAACUAUAAUCACUAUGUAUAAUGGAGCUUUUGACUCUUCCUCAGCAGUCUUCCUCAUCAUCAAGCUUCUGUUUGAGGAUGGAGUCUCUCUGCGAGGGUCUUUUCUCUUCCUGUCCUGCUGCAGUGUCAUUCAUUUGUUCCGUACAUUUGUGCUAUUGCCUCGUACACGUAUCCCAUACCCCCUCCCUGAGAACUUCACCUACGGUGUGAAAUGUGGAGAGACUCAGGAUUAUGAUAUUGCAAUGACUGAAAAGAACAACAUCCACUCUUCACAGACUGAAGAGGAAAUGCCAUUUAAAGAAAAUUCAGCCAAAGGCCAAAACACAGACAAAAUGGAGCAAAGCUUCAAGAGCUGUUUGCUGUCCUGGUUCUUCAUGUGGCAUAUGCUGUGGCUUUCUGUGAUGCAGCUGAGACACUACUUGUUCAUUGGGACUUUAAACCAUAUGCUAAAUCAUCUUGCUGGUGGAGAUCCAGGCCUUGUGAGCCGAUAUACAAAUGCAUUUGCAUUCACUCAGCUGUGUGGUAUCCUUUGUGCCCCCUGGAACGGUCUUAUCAUGGACCGCCACAAGGGAAAAGAACGGAAACCAGGACAGAGUGACCAUGAAGCUGACCUGAAUGCAGCUGUUCUGUCCCUGUCGCUGACUGCACUUCAGUGUUUGCUGUUUUCAGUGUGUGCCGCCACACCUAUCCUCCCUCUGCAAUACCUCACCUUCAUCCUUGAGGUCCUGAACAGAUCAUUCCUCUAUGGAGGAAAUGCUGCCUUCAUCAGUGUGGCGUUUCCACCAGUACACUUUGGAAAGCUGUUUGGAAUGGUGAUGGCUCUCUCAGCCGUGGUGUCUCUGCUCCAGUAUCCCUGCUUCACCCUUAUAAAGGGACCACUUGGUGGAGACGCUCUCUAUGUGAACAUCGGUCUGACUGUUCUGAGUCUUUUGGCCUUCAUCAACCCUCUCUAUGUUUAUCUGCACUGCCAGCGUCAAGCGGCCCAGCGAGCCAAUAACAACAGUAGUGCCUCUUCAUAAGCCCACUCUGCAAAGGGAAUAUCAGCCUGACCUCUGAUUUUUAAACUGCUUUCUGUUACAAGUACUACUUGUCUUUCACAAAAAGAACCAAAAACAUUCCUAUCAUGGAAAGGAAUGUGUUACUAACCUUUCCGUGACCCUUGACCACAUGAAGACAUAUUACAGCAGGAAAUUUAACAGCCACCCUCCACCCACUUUACUAAUAUUCUCACAGUCCCCGCCUCUUGGAUUUUGCAAUAUAGAGGGAGGCAUGUUAUUAUGAACACUCAUACACAUGCGUAAAAGAAGAUUAUACAGUACGCGAAUAAGAAAAUAUUGAGACACUGUUAUGUGUUUCGUAAUAGCAAACUUUAAAGGAAUAGUUCAUUUGGACUUAAAGGCCGAGUUAAGGUAAUCCAGAUAUCUCAAGUGGUUUAAUCGAUGUCUUCUAAAGCGAUGGGAUGAUCUCUUUGGGUGAGACAACCGUGUUCUCUCAUGGUUGCACCUAGACUGCUGAUUCAAGAUUUAUAGUGUAUAAGGACUUAAAUUUUGGUCUGUGUUUCACCCAAAACCAUAUCACUUCAGAAGACUUGUAUUAAACCUCUUGUGCUGUAUGGAUUCAUUUCAUGCUGUCUUUAUGUCCUUUUUGAAUAAAGGUUUUGGACCCCAUUGACUUACAUUAUAGGGACAUCAUACAUCUAUCAAAAUACCUUUGAAGAACAUCAUAGGAGAUUGAGACGGCAUAAGGGCAAGUAAAUGAUAAGAGCAGUAUAAUUUUUGGGUGAACUUUUCCUUUUAAAGUUGAAGUAUGUACUUCUGGUGUCUAUAGCGACACCAAAUGGAAUUGCAGAAAUAAUGUCUGCUUUCAAAACGUUUUGAUAAAGAUAAAAAUAAAAGUUAUAAAGAUAAAUGUUAGAAAUGAUGAUAUAAAGUUAUAAGAUUACUAGAGUAGGGAUAAUCAUAAGGGAUCCCCGUUAGAAUAUGAUGACAUGGAGGUUACAACCAAACAGGGGUGAAAUCUCUGCAAAUGUAUUGUCAAACUGGUAUAAAUUCAGUGUAGCUUGAACUUGCUAUUACUAGUAAUGAGCACUUAACUCAUGGUACCACAUAUAACGUCUAGAUUUCCUUCUCAUCCAAUGUUUACAUGUUCAUGUGAAUUUGUAUGGUUGUUAGAGCCCUCUGUAGGACACUAAAGGAAUUACAUAGUGCUUAUAACUGUCUCAGAGUAGUGUUAUUAAAUGAUUUGCAACUCUUCAGAUGUAUCAGUAUUACUCAAAUAAAGGGAAAAUAUUUAGACACGACUAAUGAAGUUUAGACUGACUUUUGGAAAGUCAGAAAUUGAUAUCUGAAUAAUAUGUCAAAUGAUCUGCAUGCAUUUCCUUCUUGUUUAUUCAUGUGCACUGUCUGUUAUGAACGAGCAGCGAAGGCAGACGAGGAGAUGCGGAUCCAGUUGCAGUUCAACUUUAUUACAUAAACAAACAGGCAAAUCACAAAGGAAAACCCUCAAUGGGGAAAUAAACAUAACAUAGAAAACACGGGCAGGGAACACACACCAGGCUAACAACAUUCAACGAACGACAAGGAGUGAACAAAAAGCAGGGCUUAAAUACACAGUGAGUGAUGACUGAAUGAGACACAGGUGAAAACAAUGAACAAAAUGGCAGUGAUGAUGGCAGGUGGAUUCUGGGAAGUGUAGUUCUAAACAAUGACAAGUCAACACGAAGGCUAACCAAAAGACAAAAGUGAAAACUAAGGAAUGCAAAGGUGGCAGACAAAGGGCAACAGUGAAACAAGACAAGGAAUUCCUAACACUGUCCCUGUAAAUCUAAACUGAAUAAAGUAGAGACCCCUUUAUAAAAUAUUAAAGCAGCUAUGUUUUUUGUUUUUUUUUUAGGUAUAAAAGCCCAUUUAUACUAUGUACAAUAAACAUAAGUGUGUUAUCAUGAAGACAUUCCUCAAAUUAAUUUAUUGGACAUAAUUUCAAAUUGUGAAUUAAAUCAGGUUGUAUGAAAUUGACCACAUAUCUUUAUUCCUACCCACAUUUAGACAAUUGUAGAUGCAUAAAUCUGAAGACAAACAUUUUCAAUUCGGUCCAAA